AUGCCAUCCUUCUUCUUCCUCAAUCUCACUGCCAUUUUAGUUGGGGGUGAAAGGCUCACCGUUCCACCUACUAUAUUCAGCAGACCUGGAACUAUCUUGGACUCCGACACAAUGUUUAGCCACUUGCCACCCACAACCUACUCCGCCCUUCGCAUAUUCAUCAUUGGUAAUAUGCAGCACCUCACUCUCAAUGUAGUCUAUGAUGUGGGGAACUCACAAAUUGGUUUUGGGCCUAAUGGUUGUAGCUAG